CUGAUUUUUGUUUCGUUUUCGACCAUUCCCCGACAUGAGCUAUGGUCAUUCUGGCGUGAAGAAAAGCCGCUCGACAAAGAAAAAACCAUCCAAGCAUUCGACCACUGGCUAUCGACGUGCGAGUGACCCGGAAGUCAGUCAUGCCAUGGCCCUUAUGCUGAAUAAUGCCGAUCCAACCCAAGACAGCCAUUUCAUUACCCGAGUGCCUUUACCAUUACCCUAUUCACCGUCCGACUAUAUCCCAUCGCCUUCCAGUCCCAAGCAUUUCGUCGUUGACCGACCUUAUAUACGUGGUUUUCUUCGUUCCCCCGACGAAACCCCCGCACGAUUGCCGGGAAUGACAAGACAUCGGUCGCAAUCCGCCGGCGAACACGAUGCAAGACCGGCGCCAACCUCCUAUUUGGCUAUUGAAGAUACCACUUCCUCGGGGCGUAGCUUUGAGCUGGUGCCUUACCGCGAGUGGACCGUGAUUUCUCGCAACGAUGUGAGCGGUCAAAUAGUGCUCUACAACGCUGAAAACAAGAUGGUGACCGUUCAGCAGGCUUCGCCGGGAUCCUUUCAUCGACGCCUGUCGGCGAACGGUAGUCCGCCUCUGCCGAUGCAAACGGACGAAUGCCCUUUAUGCCAUCGACCCUUUACGUCGCCCUCAACCACAGAUAAUAUCAAUGAGCCUACCUUUAUGGAUCGAAAUUACUUUCGUUUAUUAGCAUCACUACCAUCAAGUACUCCAGCUGAAGAGACACCCAAGGAAUCGGAAACUGAGACGGAACACGAUUCGCCGCUGCCGCCAACCAGAGGUGAAUCUAGUCGCCCGGCGCCUUCAACUGCAGCUACCAUGCAUCUCAAGGCGGAAGCUUUCAAUCAGGGUUACUACAGACGCUUCUUUGUGGAAAAGAAAAAGUUAGGUCGUGGUUUCCGUGGAAGUGUGUAUUUAUGUGAGCAUGAGCUUGACGGUGUCAAAUUGGGUGUCUAUGCUGUAAAAAAAGUGGCCAUUGGAAAUAAUCAUCCUUGGCUGGUCAAGAUGUUACGCGAGGUGCAUUUACUCGAACGACUGCGGCAUCCAAAUAUUGUGAGCUACAAGCAUUCUUGGCUUGAGAAUGAUCGACUCACACCUUUUGGUCCCGAGGUACCAUGCUUAUUUAUUUUAAUGGAAUGUGCCAAUGGUGGGAAUCUCGAAGAGUACCUCGAACCCGAGGUGAGCUCCGAGGCGAACCCCCAAGCGAAGGAAGAGCCCAAGACAGCCAAACAACGGAAAAGAGAACGUAUCAAGCGUCAACUUCAAGAGCAAGAGGAUUACGAGCGGGAAACCCAAGCACAGCUGCCGAUCCAUACCCAAAAAAGAUUAUUGAGCUUACCGGAAAUUUGGUCUCUCUUCCUCGAUAUCGUGGAAGGGUUGGGUCAUCUGCAUGAGCAAAAUAUCGUGCAUCGCGACCUGAAGCCGCCGAAUUUAUUGUUAAAAUGGGAAAAUCAUCCUCGAGGACGUUAUGGCGCGCCGCACGUGCUGAUUUCAGAUUUUGGUGAAUGCGAGGAUCUUGAAGAGACCAUGGACAGCGAUCGCACAGGUGCGACCGGAACGCUUGAAUUCAUGGCCCCGGAGCACGUCAUGCUGAACCCUGAAGGACGAAACAAAUCGGAAUAUUCGGCGAAAGCCGAUAUGUGGUCGCUGGGCAUGGUGUUGUACUAUUUAUGUUAUUCGCGCUUGCCAUACGAACAUAUUGAUGAUGUGGACAUCUUACGAGAGGAAAUCCUGGCUUUUCGAGAGGUGAAGUUUCCAAAGUCGAGAUUUGACAUUUACAAUGGUCGAGAAAAAGAAUUGGAUCCCUCCAUACUUGAAUCCAUGCAAAGGCAGAAAAUUUCCUCGGAUAUACCACAAGAGCUCAAGAUAUUGAUUCGAAUGCUGCUGUCACUCGAUCCCAAUAAGCGACCUUCUUGUGCCGAAAUUUUGUCAAAGAUACGACACAUGCAACCGGCUCUGGAUAACUACAACCCCAUGUCGCCAAAAUGGUUUAGCAAAGGGUCACCCCGCAGCAGUUCACCCUUUGUGUUGUACAACGGUAAUGGGCCAUCGCGAGGCUCCUUACAAUCGCCAAUGAGGGAUAACGAUACACCGUCUGCAGAAUCAAAUUUUGCAGCCACUAGCAGCAAAUUGAAACCUAUUGGCGAUUUCAGCGAUACCGUAGAUACCGAGAUGUCAAAAUCAGACGACGCCAUGGACACCAACUCGGAUACGGAUAGAAGCAGUGAAAGCAAUGACAGCAGAACAUCAUCGAAACGACGCAAAGGUGAGGGCUCCAGUAAAGAUGCCAAGACCAAAAACGAGGUUCGCAAACGAAGGAAACGAGCGUCAAAAACAGCCGCAGGGGAGGAACAAGAAAAGCCUUUGGUUGCAUCACCGGAGUCCGUCAAUGUGACAAGCGAGAAAAUGGACACAGCGGAAGAAGAGGUGCCUUUGCUGUUGGCCCCUCAUCCCGCCGCCACUUCAAGGGAGAGACGUUGGUGGUAUACCACCGCCGAUCCACAGCUGUUAAAAGCAUUAAAGACCGUAACAGCUGUAUUGAAGAUCGGCACAUGCAUGUAUCCAUGCUAUCCUUACGCACCUUCGCCGGCAAUUCUGUAUCCUGUAACCAUAAUGGCUGUUCUGGAUUUUUGGAGUGAAAGGACAUCGCAUAGCUUGUUUUUGGUGGGUCUUCAUGUUGGGUGGGUCGUCAUGUUGGCUUUAAUCCAGGGCAGUGUCUGCGUUGCCUAGGUGAACAUUGAUUAUACUGCUGUUCUGUUCUAUUACUUUAUCACACGAUUGAUAUUAAAGAGGACGAUGAUCUGUUCUAUUAUUGUCCCCAUUGUUUACGGACUAUAUCAGUGUGCUUGUACAAAUAAAAAUG